UUGGCAUCAUUUCCGCUCAAACCUCGUGUCAAUUCAAUAUAUAUAUAGCUAUGCAGGUUAAGUACAAUAAGUUGAAUCUAUAUAUAUAACACCUUCACUCCCCUCUCCAUUCAUUCAAACCCACCAUAAUAUACCCAAAAACAUCAUAAUUUUUCUCUCUGGCUUGCAAGAGAUGGGCAACAGUCUAAGGUGCUGUUUGGCUUGUGUUAUUCCUUGCGGAGCCUUAGACUUGAUCCGUAUAGUGCACUUGAACGGGCAGGUUGAGGAAAUUGCUCAUCCCAUCACCGCCGGCGAGGUCCUCAACAACAACCCAAACCACGUUUUGAGUAAGCCCAGCAGCUCUCAAGGCAUGGUUCGCCGGAUCAUGAUCCUCUCGCCGGAGUCUGAGCUCAAGAGAGGCAGUAUCUACUUCUUGAUCCCGGCGACUUCUGUCCCGGACAAGAAGAAGAAGAACAAGAAGAUCAUCCACCCAGCUACCAAGAAUCCAUCCAAGAAGAUGAUGGGCAAGAGAGUGUACCACGUUAAUGCCGCCGCCUCCGUCGGAGAAGAAGUCUCGCGCGAUGUCGUGCCGCCGUCGGAGAAGAAGUCACCGUGUCGCCGGCAUCGCCGCCGGAGCGGUAAGGUUGGGAUAUGGAGGCCCCAUCUUGAGAGCAUUUCUGAAGACUGAAACCAAAAUGCCAACUUCUUUGUUUCUGCAUACUCUGCCAAAAUUACCCAACGUUUUUGUUUACACCUUCGCGGUGUUUUUUUUUUUUUUUUUUACCCCAUGUGGAUAUAUUUUACACAAGAGUUUUUACGGUGCCCUGAGCAUCGUGUUAUACUCUUUUUUUUUUUCUUGGUAUAAUUACUUUUUAGUAUGAUAAUCAUAUCAAAUUCUG